AUGGUAACCUGGUGGAUCCUCAAUUCCCUCGCUAAGGAGAUUUAUGAUAGCGUGGAAUAUGUAAGCAACUCAGCUGAACUGUGGAGAGAGUUAGAGGAUCGUUAUGACCAAACGAAUGGAGCGAAACUGUAUCAGAUUCAAAAAGAAAUCAACGACCUUGCACAGGGUUCCUUAGACAUUACUGCGUACUACACACGUAUGAAGAGACUGUGGGAGGAACUAAGUACCUUGAGUGCUAAGUCUCAGUGCAGCUGCAACUGCACAUGUGGAGCAAAAGAGACUAUGCACAAGGCAGAACAAGAUCGAAGACUUAUUCAAUUUCUGAUGGGAUUAAACGAAGUCUACACAAUAGUGCGGGGGAGCAUCCUCAUGAUGAAGCCCUUGCCUUCUAUGGCUCAAGCCUUCUCUCUCUUGGUACAGGAAGAAAAACAAAGGGAAUUCAAGCCCAAUAAUCACCUCAAUCUAAACUCUACUUCAUUGCAUGUGAAUGCAAAUCCACAACAUCAAGGUUCAUUUGGAACUAGAAGUUUCAGGACAAAUUACACAGUGAACAAUGGCAACAAAGGUCGACCAUUCUGUGAUUACUGCAAGAAACCAGGACAUACAAAGGAAAAGUGCUAUAAGUUACAUGGAUACCCCCAAGGCAAUUGUUACAAUAAUCAGAACUUCAACCGUGGCAGUGCAUAG